GAGAGACCGUGUGCGCGCGAGACUGAGGGAUGAUGGUUGAUGGAUCUGUUCUCUGUAUAAUCCUGAUGGAGGAGAGGGGUCUACAUCUGUUUGUGCUCAAGAUAGACGCAGACCAGCAGCACCAUCAUCUUCAUCACUCGCCGGAAGUGAGAAGGGAAAGGACCGGGUUUCUCUGAUCAGACGGCGUCGCGUGCAUCGCUUCUGAAUGAACACAUUCUCCGGGAUUCUGCACUGGACCUGACUGGAAGCAUGGAGUCGGGACAGAGCACUGAAUAGUGUUAGAGUGACUCCUGACCUUCAUCAGUAGCCUCACCCAUCAUCAUCAUCAUCAGCAGCAGCUGCAGCAUCAGGACCUGCUCAGUCCAGACGGCGAAACCGAAACGCGUUUCUGCUGGAGUGUGUCCGUGGUGGGCCUCCGUCGCGAUGGGCGACAACGUGUCGAAGCGGCUGAAGCUAAUCACCGGCUCCGAGGCAGAGAUGGAGGAGCGCAGCUUCAUCAACCCGUUCCCGGACUGGGAUCAGAGCCUUUGCGUGUCCUCAGACCCAGAAGAACACAGCGGAGGGAACGAGCCGUGUGAUGCCGACGGAAAGAUCAGUGAUGCCUUUCAGAAGAAGGUGCAAAGCAAGAUCAAAGAUCUUCUCCAACAGAUGGAGGAGGGCCUGAAGACUGCAGAUCCACACGACUUCUCCACCUACACGGGCUGGACAGGCAUCGCCCUGCUGUACCUGCAGCUGUAUCGAGGGACACAGGACGCCUCGCACCUGCAGCGUGCUCUGGAUUACAUCAAACGUGCGCUGAGGAACCUGAACGGCCGGCGCGUGUCCUUCCUGUGUGGAGACGCCGGGCCGCUCGCUGUAGGAGCAGUGCUUCAUCAUCUCUUAAAGAACCAGAGCGAAUCCCAGGAAUGUCUCACCAAACUGCUCCAGCUCCAGCGCUCCGUGCUCAGCACAGACUCCGACGCUCCGGACGAGCUCCUGUACGGACGAGCAGGAUACCUGUACGCCCUGCUGUAUGUUCACACAGAGAUCGGGCCGCACGCGCUGGACCAGGCCACCAUCACCACGGUGGUGACAGCUAUUCUGGAGUCAGGGAAGAAGCUGUCUAAAGAGCAGAAGAAGUCUGAGCGCUGUCCGCUGCUGUACGAGUGGCAUCAGAAGCAGUAUGUGGGAGCAGCUCACGGCCUGGCAGGCAUUUACUACACACUCCUGCAGCCGAGUGCUAAAGUCAGUGAGGAGACUCUGAGUGAGCUGCUGCGGCCCAGUGUGGAUUACGUGCGGCACAAGAAGUUCCGCUCGGGCAAUUACCCAUCAUCCCUCAGCAACGAGACGGACAGACUGGUGCACUGGUGCCACGGAGCUCCUGGAGUGAUACAUAUGCUCAUCAUGGCUCAUAGAGUCUUCAGGGAGGAGAAGUACCUGCGAGACGCAGCUGAGUGUGGAGAGGUUAUUUGGCAGAGAGGUUUACUGAGGAAGGGUUAUGGACUCUGUCACGGCACAGCGGGGAACGGAUACGCCUUCCUCUCGCUCUACCACGCCACACAGGACAAGAAGUACCUGUACCGGGCCUGCAAGUUUGCUGAAUGGUGUCUAGACUACGGGACUCACGGCUGCCGCAUUCCUGACCGGCCGUAUUCCCUCUUCGAAGGUAUGGCAGGAGCCAUCCAUUAUCUCUCAGAUGUCCUCCAGCCUGACGGCUCUCGAUUCCCUGCUUUUGAACUUUGACCUGUUGUAGGAGGCAUAGACUGUUUCUCCUUCAUGAGGAGCGUCAGCUGCUUUCACAGCAGUUAGAUCUGGACGGACCCUUUAAAGUGAAGAAAACGAUUUCCUCCUCAUCAUGGAUGUAAUUACCAACAACGCCGCCUUGAGUUCACUCCUCGUAGCUCGUCUUUAUCAGUGUGCUGCUGUUGUUUGGACAGUAUCUAAUGCUAAUAUAUGGUUUUGUUUUAGUUAGUAUCUGUAUAUCUCACAGCUACAUGUGUGUUACCGCUGUGAUGUGUGUCACACACUGCAGUGCUGGUCCCGUGUGAACACGUCUGUGUCUUUCUCUUUCUCUGAGUGUGAGGAUCAACACGUGCUCAUGUCAGAAUCCAGCAGCUAACACAGUGUUGUUGUCCAGUGUGUGUGUGUGUGUGUGUGUGUGUGUGUGUGUGUGUGUGUGUGUGCGUGUGUGUGUGUGUGUGUGUGUGUGUGUGUGUGCGUGUCUCUGAGUGUGUGUGUGUGUGUGUGUGUGUGCGUGCGUGUCUCGCUGGUAAAUGUCUUGAUGAAUGUCAGUAAGUUGGUCUUCUUCUGGACUGAAGUCUGUACUGUCCUUCAGCUGAUGCAGUCUUCUCACACCUGGAUCCUUCUCAACCUGUAACAUUGAUUUCAAUCUAUCUUCAUUUUGAUAAAUCGAUAUUGAUUCUCCUAUCCCAAGAUCUGCCAGGGGCUGUAAGGUCUGUGCUGAAAUAAACACCAAACAUUAUUCCCAGCGCCUGCCGUCCACUGAUCAUCAUUUAAUCAGCUUUCAGAUUCUCUACGAUUUAUUGAGAAAUACAGACGAUAAGAGCUUUGUGCUGUUUAAUGUGUAGUGACAGACCGCUUUAGCCUCAUGAUAUGUAUAUAUGUGUGGAUAUAUUAUAGUGUGUGUUGCUGUUUUUAUGAAGCUAUAUUAAUGGUGUAUGAUAUUGGAAGCUCUGUUGGUAUUAAAGAGAGAUCUCAGAAGAGGACACCGAAUCGGUUCAGUAUAUGAUAGCAGUGACAUACUCGUGAAAAAGAAAGAUAUUAACUGAAAGAAGACUCUGAAAUAUUAAAACUAAACCUUAUAUUAUUGAUUCCAGUAGUCCAGAAGGUGUCAGUAAAGCAGGUAUGAGCUGGUUCUUUGACUGAAGAAGAGCUGAGAAGCAGAAGAUCAUAAACUGGAGAAUAAAGUCAUUGUAUUAAUGUUCCCUGCGCUGCUAAAACUGAAGAUCUUCCACAGCAUCUUAGUCUUGUUCUCAAACAUCUAAUACCAUGCUCAUAGCUAAAACUGUACAUCUGAGAGGAUGACCUGAGGGGGCACGUCAUCUGCACACGUUCAUUUGAGGGUGUAAAGUAGAGUGAUGAAAGAAUUACAUUUCAAUAAAAACACUUUCAACAGAGGAAAACCAUUAGAGAGAGAAGAUCAUCAGCUUCUGUGGGUCUCUCUUGAGUGAUGUGAGACGAGGUCGUCAGCUGAUCGUCAGUGAGUGUGUGAUUGUGUUCAGUGUGAGAUAACUCUUCACACACAUCAUGUGAGGUAUUAUAGUGUCUCCUAGUUCAUCUGUCUAUAUAAAACCACACAUCGGGUGAUUUCAGGUUAAUUGGGACUAUGAUCAUCUCAUCUCGAUUCACCCCUGUGUACAAAAGAGAAGUCUAAGCUAUCCCUGAUCUUGAUUGGUUUGGCAGAUAUGAGCCAAUCAGGAGGUUCAUAUGAGCUGAUAUAACAGACUUUUUAACAAUUAUUUGUUACAUUAAUUUUUCCCAGAAAUAAUUCAAACAAAAUAUCCAGAGUUCUUAACCAUGAACCAAAUUCAUAAAAGAAAGAAGAGAAACAAAGUUUAUGAAAACUGCAAAGACGGAGGUAAAACUGUGAUAAAAGACUUGAACUACUCAU